UGUCACGCCGCUAAUGACAGACUGCGCAUCGUCCUCUCCGAGUUGCUGCUGCAGCCUUUUAACUCUGCAUGCAUGCUUCACAGAACCUGACUGGAAGCCAAUACAACGCUUCUGUGGAAGGAAUUAAUGGUACUAUCGCACUGGAAUAACUCUGCUCCCCGUUCUUGUGCCGUUUUUUUACGUCUUCUUUCACCUACAGUCUAAAAUUUCAAAGCUUCACCAUAAGGAGAGCAUCACCAAGGACGACAUGCCACUGCAUUCAGGUUUGACGUGUAAAAAUUAUGACUACGACUACGACUCUCUUCAACCUUAUUUCUACUAUGACAACGAGGAGGAGGAUUUCUACCCUCAACAGCUUCAGCCUCCGGCACCGAGCGAAGACAUCUGGAAGAAAUUUGAACUACUACCGACCCCUCCCCUCUCCCCGAGCCGACGGCCGUCCCUGUCCAGUCUCUUCCCCUCCACGGCGGAUCAGCUGGAGAUGGUGACAGAGUUCCUCGGCGACGACGUGGUCAAUCAGAGCAUCAUCUGCGACGCCGAUUAUUCGCAGACCUUUCUCAAGUCCAUUAUCAUCCAGGACUGCAUGUGGAGCGGCUUCUCCGCCGCGGCCAAGCUGAAGAAAGUAGUCUCCGAGCGUCUUGCCUCCCUGCACGCUGCGCGGAAGGAGACUGCGGCCGGGGACGUCGCGGAUCCCGCCUCAUGGAAGCUUAACAGCAGCUACCUGCAAGACCUGAACACAUCCGCGUCGGAGUGCAUUGAUCCAUCUGUGGUUUUUCCAUAUCCGAUUGCGGAGACGCCCAAGCAGAGCGCAGGGACGCUUCCUAGUAAAGAUUUGGGGCUGGACACGCCGCCCAACAGUGGCAGCAGCAGCAGCAGUUGUAGUGACUCAGAUGAUGAAGAUGGGGAUGAUGAUGAUGACGACGACGAUGAUGAAGAGGACCCAGAGGAAGAGGAGAUUGAUGUGGUCACAGUGGAAAAGAGGCAGGCGGUGAAGCGGUGUGACCCCAGCCCACUGGAGACAAGACAUCCCAGCCCACUUGUGUUAAAGAGGUGCCACGUCUCCACCCACCAGCAUAAUUACGCCGCCCAUCCAUCCAUGAAGCACGAGCAGCCGGCUGUCAAGAGGCUGAAGCUGGAGAAUGGCAGCGGAGGAGGAGGUGGCGGAGGCAGCAGCAGCAGUCACAGCAGGGUCCUCAAACAGAUCAGCAGCAACCGCAAGUGUUCAAGCCCCCGGACAUCGGACACGGAGGACUAUGACAAGAGAAGGACUCAUAACGUUUUGGAGCGCCAAAGGAGGAAUGAGCUCAAGCUGAGCUUCUUCGCCCUGCGAGAUGAGAUCCCAGAGGUGGCCAACAAUGAGAAGGCAGCCAAAGUGGUGAUCCUGAAGAAAGCUACAGAGUGCAUCUACAGCAUGAAGUCAGAUGAACAGAGACUCCUCUCAAUUAAAGAGCAGCUGAGAAGGAAAAGUGAACUUUUAAAGCAGAAACUUGCACAGCUGCAAGGCUCUCGCGCUUGAAAUUCGAAUCAGACUUUUCAGCUUUUUUUUUUUUUUUUUUUUUUACCUUCAUGCAAGUUGAAGACUUGUACAGUUGUUGCAUGCAAAUGCAAAAUGGGUUAAGUUCUUUGGAAUCUUGUUUGAUUUCAAGGUUAAAACUGCCUCAGCUGAAGUUAUGGGUGGAUUAAAUAUUUAAAAUUUUAUUUUUAUUAAUAAAACGGUAAAAAUGGGUCUAUCCUGUUGAAGGCUCAAACUAAAAUAAGUUUUUAUGUUUUGUAUAUAAUAUUUCCUAAGAAAAUGUAUUUUCUCAAUUGUCUGGAUGUUCAGACCCACUGUUCUUUUGCAUUCUGUUCCUAGAUUUCAUUUGAAAUAUAAAAUGUUUUCUUGAA